UGAAAGCCCACAACAACCAUAAAGCCUGUUUGCCCGGCCGCGGCGGUGCGCUCUCUUAGACGGACAGCGCGGCAGCAUCUGUUGGACCAAUUAGCGGGCCCGUCCGUGCGCUCCCACGUCCGGCGUGUUUUCCUGGGCGGCCUCUGCUGUCUCUGCCAGGACAGCCAGCAGCAGCGGAACAAACAGUGCAGGACAGACACUUCCGAGUUUUGCAAUGGGGUCCACUCGGGCUCUGCUCUGCUGCACCGCCUUUGUGUUGGUUUUACUGAGCUCAGCAUCCAAAGAUGAGCGCCUCCUGGAGCAGCAUGAUGUCACCUUUGACCUUGACAAAAUCAUGCAAGAGAUGCAACAACCAGAUUUGCACAUGUUGCAGAGAGAAAUUGACUUGAUGGAUGCCUUCGGCCCUGAGGAGUCCCCCGUAGGGCAGGUGAUUGUGUCUCCACCAGAACAGUAUGACACCCUGAGUGAAAGAGGUCGACCAAGUUUCGGGCCCCGUUCCUUUGGUGGUCCUCCCAUUCUGCAGUAUCACGUUCUGUUCCCCCUUGCUCGGCCUUCCUCCGACAAUCUCCAAGCCAUCUGUCUCCACGGAGACCAACGUCCCCGCUACCCAGACUCUUACUUUCCUGUCUCUGGUUUUGGCCAGCAGAGGCGCAGGGGCAGCGCUGUCAAUAAGGCAGAGUCCUGGUUUAGUACAUGCUGCCAGGGGAAUCAGACGUGGGGGAGGGAAGUGACGCUGUGUUGCGCCACACAGGCGUGGGAGCUGUCAGUCCAGUCCUUCUGUGAGGAGGACUCGUCAGUAAAGGAUCGUCUUUAUCACUGCUGCAAACAGACAGGCAGCGACAGGCUAAACUGCUUCCACAACGACGCGCCAAAUCCAAACUACGAGCCAACAGAGGAGCUGCCGGUGCCUCCGCCUCCCUCCACUGCCAGCUUCAAUUUUGAGCCCAACACUUGCCAGAGGACAGUGAUGACUCCGUACAGUGUCAAAGGAAACAAAAAAAAGAAGAUGAAGAAGCUAUCCUCUCCCGAAAAAAUCAACAUCAACUUUCCUCCUGGACGACCCACCGCUGACUCCAUUGAAUCAUUAUGUCACAACCACAAGGCACGCCCCCUCUAUACUGUCAAGUGCCUGCCAGGUGUAGGCUACGAAUGGGUGGCUCGUCAGGCAAAGACCAUUAAUCGUAUAGAAAAGGGAUUCAAGCAGUGCUGCAAAAAGAAGCACGGUGUGUUCAACUGUGCCGAUCAGAAGUGGCGUGAGGAACUGAACAAGUUUUGCGUGGGUGAGAAUGGUGAGCAGGUGGAUUUCCACUGUUGUUCCGCGGGUGAAGGGGAAAACGAUCGAUACAACUGUUUCCAGUCCAUUUCUCCCAACCCGCAUUAUAAUAUGACCUCAGCCGCUGAGGAGCUCUCAGUUUACAAAAUCUGUGACACUCACAAGAUCAUCAAGAAGAAGUUCCCUAUCGGUUUGCCUAUCAGGGGCAUUGUGAACCAAUGCUGCCCCCUGUCUGAACAAGACAAGACCAUGUGUUUUGACCGAAAGCUUAAGGAACUGUCAGAGAAACUGUGUAUAUCAAAGAAGGCUUCUCCAGGUGGCCGACGCUGCUGCCGCUCGCCUUCGAAAGACGUUGGACAGUGCAUCUCCAAAAUUCUCAUGGAUGGCAUCACCAAAGCGACCAGUGUCAUGCGCCAAAAGAAGAAGAAGAGGUGCCCUCUCUCCUAAAGCUUAUGGCCUUUUGCUGCCAGUGCUGGGCCAUUCAGAGAAAUGGCGAGCUCGCAGCUGGAGGGACUCUAGUGUGUCAACAGAAACAAUUAUCUGGGCACAAAUCCCACUUAGAGGUCAGUCAGAAUAUUCAAAAUGUGGAUAAAAUUCUAGCUUCAUCUACUGCCAGUGUUAUUUGCAUAUUUUCAUUUGAGAUCACAUAUAUAGUGUCGUUAUCACAGGAAGACAUUUAUAAAGAAACAAAAAUAUUGUUAAAUGCUUAGUUUGCAAAACAGGCUGUUGUCUGUGUCACUGUACCACUAUUUUUAUACGCUGCUCUUUACAUAUUUGAUUAUGAAUGCAUUUUUUAUUGCUUUGGAGCUGCAACAUCAGUUCUCUUCUUUUUUUUAUGGGUUUGUGGUUAAGAUCAUACCUACAACAGCUCUAAUAAAAACGUUCUUGAAUUUA